GGUACAAAUAUUGUGUUUUAUUUUAUAUUUUUAUUUUUAUAUUAUAAUUAUAUGCAAGCUCAGUUUGAAUUUGAACUAAAUGCACUGCCAAAUGGCUAAAAAGAACUAAUUCAAAGGAAACCUAACAGAACUUCAACAGAAAACUGUUAAUUAACAUUAUUCGAUUUAAUGCUUAGCAGCAACGUUUUUUCAUAAAUACCCGUAUUGGGGAUGUUGGCAAUCAUGUGCUAUCAACCAGAUCAGCUGUUUAGAGAACAUUGACGGCAACCGGUUGGGUAUUUUAAACAUCUGGUAGCUCUGCUUGAAUAUUAAGAACUUAUUACACAGAAAAAUACUAGGUUUACAGAACACCACUGCUGUUGAUACAAAUUUAGCUUAUGUUAUUAUUGUGGCCACUGUUAAAUAAAAUUUACAACUGGACGGAGUUCAAUAGUAUUAUAAAUUACUGCUUAUUGCAAACUCAUUAUAGAAAUUACAAAUACAAGUUGGCCUGAAUUAGAUGCAUACAAUGUUUUUGCAUAACAGGAGUCUAUGCAAGCUGGCAUUUACAGGCAAUGCCGCCAAUUUCGCCACGAGUAACAUUCGUUACAGCAGUCAGAAGGCGAAGACUGCAAUCCUCAUGCUGAACAUGGGUGGACCACAACACACGGACCAGGUUCAUGACUAUCUGCUGCGCAUCAUGACGGAUCGCGAUAUGAUACAGCUGCCGGUGCAGAGCCGGCUGGGUCCAUGGAUUGCGCAACGUCGCACGCCCGAGGUCCAAAAGAAGUACAAAGAAAUCGGAGGCGGCUCUCCCAUAUUGAAGUGGACUGAGCUGCAGGGUCGAUUAAUGUGCGAACAACUGGAUAAAUUGUCUCCAACAACGGCGCCGCACAAGCAUUACGUCGGGUUUCGCUACGUUACUCCCUUGACGGAGGACACGCUCGCACAAAUUGAAAGUGACCAGCCGGAACGUGUGGUGCUCUUCUCGCAGUAUCCGCAAUACAGUUGCGCCACAUCCGGCUCGAGCUUCAACUCCAUCUUCACCCACUAUCGAAACAACACACUGCCCGAAAACAUCAAGUGGAGCAUUAUCGAUCGCUGGGGCACACAUCCGUUGCUCAUCAAGACCUUCGCUCAGCGAAUUCGCGAGGAGCUGGCCAAAUUUGUGGAGACGAAACGCAAUGAUGUCGUAAUACUCUUUACAGCGCACUCGCUGCCGCUCAAGGCAGUGAGUAGAGGUGAUCCGUAUCCCUCUGAAAUCGGCGCUAGCGUGCACAUGGUAAUGCAGGAAUUAGGUCAAAGCAAUCCCUAUAGCUUGGCCUGGCAGUCAAAGGUGGGACCGUUGCCCUGGCUAGCUCCAGCGACGGAUGAUGCCAUCAAGGGUUACGUCAAACAGGGUCUAAAGAACUUCAUACUUGUGCCUAUUGCCUUUGUGAACGAACACAUCGAAACACUCCACGAGCUGGACAUCGAGUACUGUGACGAGCUGGCCAAAGAGGUGGGUGUGGAGGAAAUACGUCGCGCUGCUGCGCCCAACGAUCAUCCGCUUUUCAUAAAUGCACUGAGCAGCAUCGUGGCCGAUCAUCUAAAGUCUGAGCAGCCGGUCAAUCCCAAGUUCUUAAUGCGCUGCCCCAUGUGCACCAAUAACCGCUGCCGUGAAAGCAAAAAAUGGUAUCAACAGCUGUGCGCCCACUGAGUAAUGUAAAUUAAUUAAUUGAUAUGAGACUCACAUAUUGCACCGGGCAGUAAGGCAUUUCAAGUGAUUUAGCUUCAAGCUAUCAUUGCAAUUUUCAUCAAGUUAUCAUUCGUUUCGUUUAUAAGCAUUUCAUUAUCUGGGCUCCGGGUAUUUGCAAUUGAUUGCGAGUCCAUUUGGGCAAUAAAAAAGACACUGCGUAAACAAAAA